AUGACCUUAAUUCUUUAUCUUGUAGAAAAAACAGCCACAGAGAAAAGUGGAACAACAACCACACCAAAAACAGAAACAACAACCACACCAAAAACAGAAACAACAACCACACCAAAAACAGAAACAACAACCACAAAGAAACAAGAAACAUCAACCGCAGGGAAAAGUGAUGAUAUAAAGAUAGUGAUCCCAUCAGUGCUGGUGAUCAUUGCUUUAUUAGUGACCACACUCACUGUUUGGCUUAUAUAUCGAAGGAGAGCACAUAAGAGAGCAUCAGUUGUAAAUCAAAACAACAUUUCCACUGAACAAAAUGGUGAAGAUGUGACCUACAUUGAACUGAAGCACAAUACAGUAAAACAAAGCAAAGUGGAUACAGUAACAGAAGAUCAAGAAACUGUAUAUUCUGGUGUAAAAUUGGCUUAAACAACUAGACAAUGAAAAACUAAAAAUAAUUAGAUCCACUGAUGGAGACAGUAAUCAGUUAUCAUUUUUCUUUUGUUUUUAUUGAGUGUGCCUGAAAUGCAAGUCAAAUCACCACCCACCCCAUUAUCUGAAAUUUGUCACAGCAACUGUUCAUUGAAGGUGCAAAGUUGUUGAUAAUAGAAAAAAAACAUACUGCAAUAAAAAAGCUAAACAAUGAAUGUAAUACAUUUUAAAAGCUGGAUUAUAGUAAUGUAAUCAUAUGCAGCAAACGCUUAUAUUUAAUAUUACUGAUAUUCAUAUAUUUUUGCAUUGAUUUUUUAUGUUUACAAUUAAUCUGUGGUGGCCAUACAAUUACACCUACAUUUGUAACUUUGUAUAUGUUUGCAGUGUUUCUGUUAAACCUCAAUGUUAACAGCAGCAUUUACAAUAUCUCACGAAAAAUAUUUUUGAAUUAAAGGUGCCUUUAUUUCUUCAAUAGCAGAACGUUUAUUUGGUAUUCUGAAAAGUUUUUUAUCAAAUCUUUGCUGUUUUGUCUUUGGAUGAACUUUUUUCAGAGUUGGUUCAAUCAUCUCAUCUGUGUGUAAAAGCAUAGAGUGAAGUUAAAUCAAGUCCACAUAAUACAAAAUUUUUUUAUACGAAUUUCAAAUUUU